AUGCAUUGUUCUCUGAUUCAGUGUGGUGGUGUUGGGCUAACUAUAACGGCCGCCAACCGGGUUGUGGUACUCGAUCCGAGUUGGAAUCCCGCAACUGACGCACAGGCCGUAGAUAGGGUCUAUCGUAUAGGUCAACAUUCUAAUAUUGUUGUAUAUCGUCUCAUCACGUGUUCCAGUGUUGAAGAGAAGAUUUAUCGCCGCCAAGUCUUUAAGACUGCUAUAAUCAAACAGGCAACUGAGGUAAAGCCUCAGUUUACCCACGGGCCUAAUUCGACAAACUCACCCACUUCACGUCGAUUGGCUGAUCCCUAUCGCUACUUUACUCGUCAGGAGUUACGCGACCUUUUCAAGCUUGAUGAUCCACUGGCUUCACAGACUCUCCUCCAACUCAACCAACUGCACGAAACCAGCAGGCGCCAAUCUGAUGAACAGUUAGAUCAACAUCUACAUCGACUGACAGACCCCGAGGAUGAGUUUUCGGAGUUUGUUUGUGGCAUAUCGGACCAUGAUCUUCUCUUUACGUGUCCCGACCAGACGAAACCUCCAUCUUUAGUGGAUGAUCCUACCAAUGAGGCUGCGGCCAAGGAGAUACAGGCAUGUCAAUUUGCUUCACAGCGAUGUGCGCAAGCAGAGCUACUGCUAGCCAGAGAGUGUGGAAACCUGACUCAAUCACGGCCUAUCACAACUAUCAGGUAA